AUGAAUCGGCUAUCAGAAGAGCAAGUUAUCUCGUAUAAAGAAACUUUCAAAGUAUUCGAUUUUAAAUCCGAAGGAUUGAUCGAUUGUCGUGAUUUAAUAGAUAUUUUAACUGUUAUGGGUCAUUUUCCUUCAUUGAGCGAGUUAUCUCAAGCCGUUGCAAUUAGUGACAAAGAAGGGUAUCUCAACCUCGACGAAUUCCUUGAUUUAAUGGCAGAUCGCCUAGAAAGACAAAAGAAAGAAAAUGAAGUUAUAAAAAUUAUCCAAUCUUUUGACAUGGAAGGAUCAGGAUUCAUAACAAUGAUUCAAUUGCAUGUCAUGAUGAUGAAUUUUUUUAAAGACAAAUUCACAGAUGAUGAAUUAGAAGACAUUGUAGGCAAGUCGGAUGUCGAUAUGCACGGCCGAAUGAAAUAUGACAUACUUACGAGAGCGCUCUUUGACAGAUUGUAA